CAUGACGUCACAUCCGUGGUUGAGAAAUACGAUAAACUAAUGUAUGUAUUGACAAACUACAAUCCUUUACAGAAGCCUGCCAAUGGAGGAAGACAAUUCCCAAAUAUUUGAACAUGCCAACUCUGAGUUUAAAAAGAAGAAUUUCAAACAGGCAGAUGAGCUGUACACAGAGUUUAUCUCCUCCUGCCUAAAGUCCAGGGUAUGUGAAGCUGGUGAUUUGGCGACUGCUUAUAACAACCGUGGACAGAUAAAGUACCUCCGGGUGGAUUUUCAUGAAGCAGUAGAAGAUUACACCUCCGCAAUACAGGCUAACAGUCAGUUUGAAAUACCUUUCUACAACAGAGGACUCGUCCACUAUAGACUAGGUUUUUUUGACGAUGCAAAGACUGACUUCCAGCAAGCAUUAAAGCUCAAGCCAGAGUUUGAGGAUGCCAAAGUGAGUCUGCAACAGACACUUCUGGACCAGCAACAGAAGAUAAACAGGGGAUACUGACAAUGUCAUAAACUACAGAGUGCAUGUUUCAUACAUCCUGCAGUAUGGUGGAUAAACAAAAGCUGGACCUAUGCUGUCAACCAUUGUCAGUUUAUUUUAUGUUUAUUUUAUUUCUUUUGUUGUAUAACGAAUUAAGAUGUUUUUUAAACUGAAGAUGAACAGAUUUAUUAGGUAUCACACAAACCUUAUAAAGCAUUCUGCACAAACAAAUGUACAGCUGCAAAUCAGAUGAAAUCAUUUGCUGUUUGUACGCAUAAAAGGAAAGAGACAUCCCACUAGACCAGGCGCGACACAUAUAUGGAUUUUUGUUAAGCAGAGCAUUGAUAAUUCCUUUCCUACACUGUCUCAAGACUUUUAGCUGGAAAAAAUGUAAUGGCCUCAUAAAUGUAAGUAUAUCACUGUAUAAGUCUGUGAGUGGACAGUGCAGACUGAUCGACCCAAGCGCACCAGGUAAAACGAUGAAUCUGGGGUUUACUGUUCAUGAAAGUUAGUGCACCAUCUUGGAGACACUGGAAGGUUUGUUUAUGUGGCCAUAAACAAACCAUAAUAAAGUGUUAACAUAGAGUAAUAAUGAAGAGUCUCUCAGCUGAAAAGGAAAAACAUGUUGAGUGUCUUUCGACAAGUUGAUUUAGGUUUUAAGGAAUGGUAUAAUCCAUUGUACUUCCUAUUUCCUUUGACAAUGGAUUUCUUGAAUAAUAAAAAAAACAUUUCUAGACAUGUAACAUGUAAAUAUGUUUCUAAUCAGUAAACAAUAAAUUAUCUUCACUACA